UGUUGUUAGACUAAUGGGGUUUCCCCUGCAGAGAUUGGUCAGCUCUGCUGUCUAUCAUCCCGGAAGGUGUUAAAUGCACAGGAAAGCCAGCCUCGGCGGGCAGAACCUAGCCCGAAAGGGCGGGCAUUGCUAAAGUGUUUUCAAAAGGUCUUCCCAAUCCUCUGCUUUAGACAGCUGGGACCUUAGAUAGAAGAACACAACGGAUCCUCCAGUGACUAACGACCCAAAGGACGGAUUAUGUCACAGUCAUCUGGAUCAGGAGAUGGGAAUGAUGACGAGGCUACUACCUCUAAAGACGGUGGUUUUUCUUCCCCCAGUCCCUCAGCUGCUGCUGCUGCUCAGGAGGUCAGAUCUGCCACUGAUGGUAAUACCAGCACCACUCCGCCCACCUCUGCCAAGAAGAGAAAGUUAAACAGCAGCAGCAGUAGCAGCAGUAACAGUAGUAACGAGAGAGAAGACUUUGAUUCCACCUCUUCCUCCUCUUCCACUCCUCCUUUACAACCCAGGGAUUCGGCAUCCCCUUCAACCUCGUCCUUCUGCCUGGGGGUUUCAGUGGCUGCUUCCAGCCACGUACCGAUACAGAAGAAGCUGCGUUUUGAAGACACCCUGGAGUUUGUAGGGUUUGAUGCGAAGAUGGCUGAGGAAUCCUCCUCCUCCUCCUCCUCAUCUUCACCAACUGCUGCAACAUCUCAGCAGCAGCAACUUAAAAAUAAGAGUAUAUUAAUCUCUUCUGUGGCUUCGGUGCAUCAUGCAAACGGCCUAGCCAAAUCUUCUACCACCGUCUCUAGCUUUGCUAACAGCAAACCUGGCUCUGCUAAGAAGUUAGUGAUCAAGAACUUUAAAGAUAAGCCUAAAUUACCAGAAAACUACACAGAUGAAACCUGGCAAAAACUGAAGGAAGCAGUGGAAGCUAUUCAGAAUAGUACUUCAAUUAAGUACAAUUUAGAAGAACUCUACCAGGCUGUAGAAAAUCUCUGUUCUUACAAGAUUUCUGCAAACUUGUACAAACAGCUGAGACAGAUCUGCGAAGAUCACAUCAAAGCACAGAUUCAUCAAUUCAGAGAGGAUUCAUUGGAUAGCGUUCUUUUUUUAAAGAAGAUUGAUAGAUGCUGGCAAAACCAUUGCAGACAAAUGAUCAUGAUCAGGAGCAUUUUUUUGUUUCUGGAUAGAACUUACGUUCUUCAGAAUUCAAUGCUACCCUCCAUUUGGGACAUGGGACUGGAGUUAUUUAGGGCUCAUAUUAUAAGUGAUCAGAAAGUGCAGAAUAAGACAAUUGAUGGCAUUCUUCUCUUGAUUGAGAGGGAAAGGAAUGGUGAAGCAAUUGAUAGAAGUUUACUUCGAAGCCUUUUAAGCAUGCUGUCUGAUUUGCAAAUUUAUCAAGAUUCUUUUGAACAACGAUUUUUGGAAGAAACUAACCGGCUCUAUGCAGCUGAAGGCCAAAAAUUAAUGCAAGAAAGAGAGGUUCCUGAAUAUCUACAUCAUGUUAACAAACGUCUAGAAGAAGAAGCAGACAGACUUAUUACUUACUUAGAUCAGACCACCCAGAAGUCAUUAAUUGCUACUGUAGAAAAACAACUUCUAGGUGAACACUUAACAGCAAUUCUUCAGAAAGGUUUAAAUAACCUCCUUGAUGAAAACCGAAUUCAAGAUUUGUCUCUUCUGUAUCAGCUCUUCAGUAGAGUUCGAGGUGGAGUUCAGGUUCUUUUGCAGCAGUGGAUCGAAUAUAUCAAGGCAUUUGGCAGCACUAUUGUAAUUAAUCCUGAAAAAGAUAAAACCAUGGUUCAAGAAUUGCUGGAUUUUAAAGAUAAGGUUGACCAUAUAAUUGAUAUCUGCUUUCUGAAGAAUGAGAAAUUUAUCAAUGCCAUGAAAGAAGCAUUUGAAACGUUCAUUAACAAAAGACCAAAUAAACCAGCUGAACUUAUAGCUAAGUAUGUAGAUUCAAAACUUCGUGCAGGCAACAAAGAAGCUACAGAUGAAGAACUUGAGAAAAUGUUGGAUAAAAUUAUGAUCAUAUUUAGAUUUAUCUAUGGCAAGGAUGUUUUUGAGGCCUUCUAUAAGAAAGAUUUAGCCAAGCGCCUGUUAGUCGGAAAGAGUGCAUCUGUAGAUGCUGAAAAAUCAAUGCUGUCCAAACUUAAACAUGAAUGCGGAGCUGCUUUCACCAGCAAACUUGAAGGAAUGUUUAAAGACAUGGAACUUUCUAAAGACAUCAUGAUUCAGUUCAAACAGGUAAAAUAUAUGCAGAAUCAGAAUGUUCCGGGAAAUAUUGAGUUAACUGUGAAUAUCUUGACAAUGGGCUAUUGGCCGACAUAUGUGCCUAUGGAAGUUCAUUUACCACCAGAGAUGGUAAAACUUCAGGAGAUUUUCAAGACAUUUUACCUAGGCAAACAUAGUGGCAGGAAACUUCAGUGGCAGUCAACCCUAGGACACUGUGUGUUAAAAGCAGAAUUUAAAGAGGGUAAAAAGGAACUCCAGGUCUCUCUUUUUCAAACACUGGUGCUGCUAAUGUUUAAUGAGGGAGAGGAGUUCAGUUUAGAAGAGAUCAAGCAGGCAACUGGAAUAGAGGAUGGAGAGUUAAGGAGAACACUGCAGUCAUUAGCCUGUGGCAAAGCUAGAGUUCUGGCGAAAAAUCCAAAGGGCAAAGAUAUUGAAGAUGGUGACAAGUUCAUUUGUAAUGAUGAUUUCAAACAUAAACUUUUCAGGAUAAAGAUCAAUCAAAUCCAGAUGAAAGAAACGGUUGAAGAACAAGCAAGCACUACAGAAAGAGUAUUUCAAGACAGACAGUAUCAAAUUGAUGCUGCAAUUGUUCGAAUUAUGAAGAUGAGAAAGACACUUAGCCACAAUCUCCUUGUUUCAGAAGUGUACAACCAGUUGAAAUUUCCAGUAAAGCCUGCUGAUCUUAAGAAGAGAAUAGAAUCUUUAAUUGACCGGGACUACAUGGAAAGAGAUAAAGAAAAUCCAAACCAGUACAACUAUAUUGCAUAGAAUGUUGGCCUUGCAGCAUUUGGUGUCAUAUGCAGUAGCCAGUGGAUAAACUAACCUGUUGAUUCAAUAUUAUUUGACUCCUUUUUUACUACCGAUGACCAAAUGAAGCAGUGUAAUUAAUGGAAAUAGUUGAGUGGACUUUUUCUCAGUGGUUAACAUGCCCAUUUUAAAGAGUAAUACUUACCUUUAAGAAGAAUGUUGUUGAACUCUUUGCAUGUUAUUUAGUAUGAUGUGCAGAAAACACUUAAGAACGUACCUGGUCUUCAUGAAUUCCUCUUUGGAACUGGGAAAGAGAUCCCUGUGGCUAUUAAAAAUGGGGGAGGGUUCUUACACACCAUUAAUUAUGAAGCAAAAGGUUUAUUUGCUUAAAAUGUCAUUUAAAGAUACUUAAACUGCAUGCAAACUUUAUUUACUGUACAGAGUUCUGGAUGUAUUUAUCAAAUAGAAAAACCACCCUUGA